AUGUGCCGACGAACACGACUGACCACGAAACUGAAACGGUUGCUGAUAUCGAGAUAUGGCUUUGUGCUAUUGACUGCUUGUCUAGUUAUUUGUAUGAAUGAAAUUGUAUGCUACGAAUGGAUGGUAAUGACAUGGCCAAAUAUUGACUCCUUAGCGAACAAAUCAACUGUGCGAAAGUUUUUGCUGGUUGCUGAUCCACAAUUGAUUGGUGAGAAAGACGAAGGCUUCUUUGGAUUGAUCACAAGAAAUGAUGCUGAUAGAUAUUUAGCGAACACAUUCUCUCGCGCAAAUAAUUAUGUGAAACCUGAUGGAAUUCUUUUCCUUGGUGAUAUAUUCGAUGAAGGUUUAUCUGCAUCUGACGAUGAAUUCAAUCGAUAUUUUAACCGUUUCGAUACCAUUUUUCAAUACAAAAGUCGUGGUAACAAGUCGAUCGUCAUUCCGGGAGAUAACGAUGUUGGAGGAGAAUACUACGGUGAUAAAAAUCCGUAUCAACGGCAACGUUUUAGCAGUUAUUUUGGUCGGAUGAUUCAAUUGUAUCGACAGAAGGAUAUCGAAAUUCUCAGAUUAGAUAUCGAUUUGCGCGAUGAUUAUCUCAAAACAAAACAAAGUCGUGUUCUUGAAGAAACACAAAGUCGGCCUAUGACAUCUGCAUUUCGUAUUGUACUUAAUCAUUGGCCAAUGCUGACCCGUAGUGCUACUUUCACAAAAUCAUUUUUACAUGAUCUGAACCCAAAUUUGAUUCUCAAAGGUGAUAGUCAUCACUUUACAAUACAUUUACAUGAUCGAAACCGGUCCGUCACGGAGAUGUUGGCUAGAGAGUUUCUUCCUCAACCAGUUCUUCCAAUUGAUGUCGCUCAAACUCGUUAUGUUCAUGAAAUAAGUAUUCCAACAUGUUCGUAUCGAAUGGGUGUGAGUCGAAUUGGAUACGGUGUUCUUCUACUCGACACGGCGACGAAAAGUGCUCAUCUGACGAUUCUUUCAACUCCAAGGAGAUAUGGAUAUUUAUAUGUUUAUGCCACAUAUGGAAUUUGUUUUGUAAUUGGUUUCAUUUUUAUGUUACUAUGUCCUGGACGAUCAAUAGUAACAUAUCCAAGAUCUUAA